CUUUCAAAAUGGCGGAGAAAACUAGGGACGGUAGCGCGGGUAAGGCAACUCAAUUGCCUGUCGCUAGGGUUAAAACAAUUAUGAAAAGCUCCCCGGAUCAGCCACUUUUCAGUCAAGACUCAGUUUUCCUAAUAACAAAAGCCACGGAAUUAUUUAUUAAUUAUCUCACUGUUGCUGCUCAUAAAAAAGAGAGUGAUUCAAAGCAACUGACUUACAAGGGACUCUCUAAAGUAGUGGAAGAUGAUGAAACACUUCAAUUUCUUGGAGAUAUUGUCCCUCCCAAAGUGCUUGUCAAAGACUUUUUGGAAAGUUUGAAGAAAAAGUCCAGGAUGUCUCCUGUUGAUGUGGGCAGUUCAAGCUCAGAAUCAGAAUAAGUGGAGUUCAAGUUUGGAAGAAGUUGACAGUUCACAAAUUUCAAGUUGUCAAAACAAUUAUCUGGUGCCGCUAGCUAGUACAUUUUCUAUCAUUCUACCUGCUUGCAUGAGUGAAACACUCCUUUCUCGUGGUUUGGCUCACCAUUGAAUCACAACAACUUCUCUAAAAAUGCUGAGACCUCCUGUCGUCUUACUUGAGCAUAUGGUGGACACUCAACCAUUCAAGAUGCAAUUAACUUUAGUUUGCAUAUGAUUGGUCGAGAGGGGGUGACGUAAUACAGGGACAACACGGUGGCCAUGGCCUGUCAGUUGAUAAAGCCAAGUCACGGCCUUGCUAUACUCCUCACAAUCUUCGCUUUCCGUUAUGAUUUCAUGGGGCGCUUGUUUACUUUGGUACCUCAAGGCAGGGCGCUUAUUCGAAACAGGGCGCUUAUUAUUUUUUUGUUGUUGUUAUAGAAACACUAGAAUGUGCGAAACAAAGCAUUGAUGUUCGUUUAAAAAGGAUCAAGAAGACUAGAAAACGGACUAUUUAUCCCAGGGUACUUCUUGGCUACAACGACCAGCCAAGCAAUUGUCGCAACAUUUUCAGACUAGACGAGAUCAUUCGUUUCAGGGAACAGGGCACUCACAUGGACUUACUACUUAAGAAACUGAGACGAAGACCACUGUUUUUGUAAUUAAGCUUUAAGUGAUCAAUUAAAGGAAGAUGAAUCAACAGUU